AUGGAUUUGAUUACAACUAAUAAAUCAAUAGUCUGUAUAUUGGGGGAUUAUAAGGAGAAACUCAAAAAUCAACUAAGUAAUUUUGAAGGCGGAAUGCAAUAGUAGAUUUCAUAUUAAUGAACUUAGAUUUAUAAUAUUGCUAGAAUUGGAAUACAAGAAAUUAGCUCAUUAAGGAGGUGGUAUUAUGAAAUUGUCUUGGUUGAAUAAACUUAAAACAGUAAUUUUAGUAAUUAAUAUAAUAGUUUCCAUCUGUUGUAAUUUGGAUUUACGAUAUUUCAGAAUGUAUUGAUUCUAUUAAUUAUAGCUGAAAAACUUAAUAGCUUAUUAGACAACUAUAAUUCUUUAAAGCAGACACUCUUAUUGGCUAAGAAGUUUCAACCCAAAAUCAUAAUCAUACUUACGGGUAGAAAUGUGGGAGGCUUUGAUUUCAAUUAUUUAAAAAAGGAAAUAGAUUUAAGAAAAGUGUUUGCAGUAGAAUUUGAGAACAUUGGACAAUAAUUAAAAAGGUACAUAAGAUGAUUUAAUUGAUAAGAUUAAAAAAAAUGAUUGUUGAGGAUUCGUAAAAUUUUUAUUAGGAACUCUUCAACAGAUAUAAGGCAGAUGCUAGUAAUUUAUAGAAGCAAGAAAUGAGCGAUUAAAAGUUGAUUCUUGAAAUUAAGAAGACUUUGAUUAGUGAAAUUGAGAAUAAUAGUAAGAAAACAAAUAAGCAUCUGUAACAAUCAUAUGAGAUUGUCACAUAACUUGCCUCAAAAAGAAGAGAACUAUUAACAUUCACUGAAGACAACUCUUUUUAUUUGUCAUAUGAACUGCUACUAUAAGCAGAAGAAUAUAGAGAAGUAUUGUUUAUUUGUGAGAUAGCAAGAUUGCUGAUCAAUUGAGAUUCAAGUUAUUUAGAAACCUAGAAUACUAAGAUGUCAUUUAAUAAUUUGAAAUUCAUUUUAAGACUUUUAAAAAUAUUAUCUAAUACAAUCUAUUUGAUAUUCAAGAAUAUUUGUGGAGAGUAAAGAUCUUUACAUCAAUUAUUAGAUUUUUAGAAUCAAAGAUUUUAACUGUUAAUUAUAAUGUAGUCUAUAACUAUUGUUAAGUAAUCUUGUAUAAUUAUCAUAGACAACCCUUUUAUCAUAUAUAAAAUUAUUAAAUCUGGGAUAGUAAUAAACAAAUGCAUAGAUGGAAUAAUAUGGUUGUUAGAUAUAUAAAUCAGAACCUGAGUUUUUAGGGAGACCAAAUUACGUAAUCAGAGAAAAUGAUCAAAUCAUAGAGAUAAAGAGUGAAAAAAAGAGAUACUAUUAUUAAUAGAUAAUGAAUUUUAGGCAAAAGGAGAUCGAAUUAGCUCCAGAUGUUUCAUUUAUUUUUGAUAUCUGGAAAUAAUACAAUGACAAUGGUUAAGUUACUUAUUAAUAUACAAAUAUUUAUUUUAAAUAUUUGCAAAUCUUGAUCCAAAAAAACUUUGAUUUGAAACUACAAAUCCAAGACAAUUUGAUUUAAUUUGGAUUGAUAGAAGAAUACAAAAAUUUAAUAUACCUUCAAUAUCAAACAGCUCCACUUAUUAAAUAGAUUUAAUUGUUAAGUGAGAUAUUGCUUUAUGAGCAAAGCAAAAUUACAGAUAUUAAAAAAUUAGCCUCCUAAUUAACUGAAAAAUUAGACAUAGUUGUGCCAGCAAAUUCAUUUAUCUCUAUUUCUAAAUUAGAAUCAGAUGAAUCAUUUGUCUAGUUAAAAAUUGAAAUGAAUAUCAACUAGUAAAUUUUGGAUUUGAUUGAGACUGGAAUUAUUUACUGUAGAAAUUAUGAAAUCGAAUUUAUUGCUACUCAAAAUUCAGUUUUAUAAACUGAUAAAGCUAUUGAAAAACCUGUUUAAAUUAAACUGUUUGGAAAAUAUUUGUAAUAAAUACUUUUUAUUUUAUAGGGAUAAAUUAUCUGUCACAAUCAUUUGUCAAGAUGUUGACUUAUUUUCAAACAAGUACAAAGUUAGCUAUUUGUCCUAAAAAUAAAGAGAUCCUCCCAUCAUCAAUUUUUCUUCUGAUAUCGCUUAUAUAAAUGAAAUUAAUGAAAUAUAAGUUGAGUUAAGCUAUUCAACUGAAAUUGAGCUCAUAGGCUUUAAUUUAAACAAAAAUACUUUAUAGAAAUUUAAAGAAACUGAUAAUAAGAUAAUAAAAACAAACAAAUUUACAAUUUUAAUUACAGAAACCUAAAUUCAAGAAAAAAAUAUUUGUUUUAGAAUACUAGGAGACAUUAUUACCAAGAAAAUUAAAUUUAUGUUUCCUUUUACAUACAAAGUUAAACUUAAACAAUUGAGUAGUGUAUAUUAAAAUGCUUAAAAUCGAAAUAAGAAUUCCGUCAGCUCUUUUAGUAGAUGCAGUUUAUAAUUGGAAAUAUACGAUUUAGUUCCUGAAGAAACUGAAUUUGUCCCAGUAGUAGAUUUAGACUUCUACAAUAAAAAUAAAUUUAAUGUGAUAUUCUAAACAAGAGAGCAAACAAGUUAUUUAUAAUUUGGAUAUUUCAGGGUUAAAUAUUAGAGAAACUCUAACAGAUAUGAAAUUAAUGUUUAUGUUAAUGAUGUGAUUGUGUAAUCUUAUUUGCAAAAUGUAGAAAUCAUAUCACCACCAACUUGCAAAACUCAACAAACUUUUGAGAUUUAAGUUAAAUUGAAGACUUCGGAAGCAUAGAAUUUCUUCAUUUAAUUAAAGGACUAAGAAAAAAAACAAUUUUUUGUUAUGGGAAAAGUGAAAUAGAUGAUUUGGGUAAAUGAUGAGGUCAUUUUAUCAUAUCUAUUAUUCCCUAUAGACAUUGGUAAGUGUAAUCUACCAGGAAUAUAAAUUGAAAUUAGAUAACCUAAUAAUCCUAUUCAAUUAGUAUUUGACUCAUCAGGAAUGAAAUCUAUAUUAAUAUUACCUUGA